AUGGAGAUCGAGCUCGCUUACGGUGAUUCUCGCGGAUACUGGAAACAUUACUCGCCCGGGAAGUGGUUCAAACAGGCGAAAGCUGUUGGCAAGAUCAACAACGAAAAGGCCACUCUGCUAUUUGAUUCUGGUGCUGAAGUGUCGAUCAUUGACACCACCUUUGCUCGUAAGGUCGGUUGCAAUAUUGACGAAAGUCAACGACAAGAAUGUAUCGGGAUCGGAGAAACCCCGUACAUGACGAUAGGACUUACCAAGAUCAAAGUAACCCUCGCGGGAUCGCUGGUAUACUAUUUCAAUGUAUGGGUAGGCGAUCUGGCAGGGCAAGAAGCAAUUCUGGGCAUGGACUUUAUGGUGCCUGCCGGAGUGCGGCUCGAUCUAGCUGAUGGCGCGCUAUGUCAACCAGAAGAAAUCCGUAUCCAUCUCGCAGGACGUCGCCCCGCGUACGGAUCGAAGAUACAACAUGUAACGGCGUAA